GGAGGCGCUCCCAGUUCCUCUCAGAAACUGCGAGCCCACUGGGAACUCCUGGAUCUGUUCAGCUCCCGCGGAGAUCCUAAAAGCUUGCACCGCAAUCCUGAGCGGAGGGCCACUAGGGGGAAGCGUGAUUCCAUCCGCUCCUCCCUCCCCCGAGCACUUUCCCGCCCUCCAGGCCCCACUCACCAGAUGACCAUGGCCUCACUGCCAUCUCAGGGCUCCUGGGUCCCUGACUUAUUUUCUGGGCUGCCAUCGCCAUCCUCACCUCCGGUCAACCACAGCGCAGAGCCCGCAGCGGGCAAUGGGUCAGCAGGUGGCGCAGGCGCUCAGGCCGUCCCGCCCUUCCAGGGCCUGCAGCUGGUUCAUCAGCUGAAGGGGCUGAUUGUGCUGCUCUACAGCAUCGUGGUGGUCGUGGGGCUGGUGGGCAACUGCCUACUGGUACUGGUGAUCGCGCGGGUGCGUCGGCUGCACAACGUGACCAACUUCCUCAUCGGCAACCUGGCCUUGUCCGACGUGCUCAUGUGUGCCGCCUGCGUGCCGCUCACGCUGGCCUAUGCCUUCGAGCCACGCGGCUGGGUGUUCGGCGGCGGUCUGUGCCACCUGGUCUUCUUCCUGCAGCCUGUCACCGUGUACGUGUCCGUGUUCACGCUCACCACCAUCGCGGUGGACCGCUAUGUCGUGCUGGUGCACCCGCUGCGCCGGCGCAUUUCCCUGCGCCUCAGCGCCUACGCGGUGCUGGCCAUCUGGGCGCUGUCCGCGGUGCUGGCGCUGCCUGCCGCCCUGCACACGUACCACAUCGAACUCAAGCCACAUCGCGUGCGCCUCUGCGAGGAAUUCUGGGGGUCCCAGGAGCGCCAGCGCCAGCUCUACGCUUGGGGGCUGCUGCUUGUCACCUACCUGCUCCCCCUGCUGGUCAUCCUCCUGUCUUACGUCCGGGUGUCGGUGAAGCUCCGGAACCGCGUGGUGCCAGGCUGCGUGACCCAGAGCCAGGCUGACUGGGAUCGCGCGCGUCGCCGUCGCACCUUCUGCCUGCUGGUGGUGGUCGUGGUGGUGUUCGCCGUCUGCUGGCUGCCGCUACACGUCUUCAACCUGCUGCGGGACCUCGACCCCAGCGCAAUCGACCCCUACGCCUUCGGGCUAGUGCAGCUGCUCUGCCACUGGCUAGCCAUGAGCUCUGUCUGCUACAACCCUUUCAUCUACGCCUGGUUGCACGACAGCUUCCGCGAGGAGCUGCGCAAGCUGUUGCUCACCUGGCCUAGCAAGAUCGUGCUGCCCCGCCAGAGCACGACAGUCAGUGUGGUCAUCUGAUGCCACUGCGCUUAAGCACGGGUCCCUCAUCUUUCCCCCACGUCUACAGAACUUGACAGGGAGCUCCACGUCCCCUGGUGUCCGAGGGUGUCCACCCGAGGCUGGACUGGAGAGCUUAUUCCCAGCACCAGAGCUAAGCCAGUAUGAGGCAGAACUUCUAGCUUGGCCCUCUUGUCCAGCUGUCUUGCCUUGUCCUUGUGUCUUUGUAAAAUGUUAAGUAGGCUUUAGUGGGAGUCUUGUGCUUUGCUUGGAGGAAGCCAGGGAGAAGGAAUAGGAUUUAUUAUUUCCUCCUUAUGCCCUUGAAUUGACAAACAAAGCUUUUUCUCCUGGUUCAGACUGUAGUUCAGAACCCUGGCUGUCUUCCUUGCUUUCCCUUCUCCUUGCUCAACAGUGAGAUGAAGGAACAAUGGGCCUGGAAUUUAAAAUGACUGCGUUGGGAUUGCCAAAACUUUUCAGGUUGCCUUUUUGAAAGAGCUCAACUGAUACGUAAUACCUAAUAUUGCUUUGUCAAACUGAAUCUGUUAAUUUCUAGGAUUCCAAAGAACUAUGUGUUACAAAUCUACAUCUAGGAUUUGAUUAUUUCCUGAAUAAGACACCAGAGGGUUUUAAUUCUAAAUCCACUUGAAUUUAUAGUUCAAAAACACUUACAAAGCACCUUUCAAAAUGUCUCACUAUUAUAUUCCCCCUCCUUAUUCCCCAACUUUUAGUUGAAAUUGAUGAGAUGAAUUUGUCAAUGAAGAGAUAGACUAAGUAGGGGCAAAAAGGAAAAGAUCCAAAUCACUUAAGAGGGAAUAUAAUUGUGCAUAGGACAGAUGUCGUAUCUGUGUAUAUGUUUGUGUAUACAUAUACAGUGUUUGUCACAAGGCAGGUGCUCAAAUAUUUGACUUUCUAAAUAAUCUGUGUAAGCCAUGUUCGGUGGCAUUCUCUUGGAUUCUCUAAUUGCUCAGUUGUAACAGAUCGACAGCUGUCAUCUGACUGCUCAGCACCUGCUCUGUGGUGACACACUUGGAAUAUGAUCAACCUGUAAUACAAGGACUGGGAGAAGUUUACUUAAGGCCAGAACAGAAAAAUGAACUGUCAACCAAAUGAACACAUCUCCUGGGCAUCCCAAGGACCAGCUCCUGUGACCACAGCAGCUCUAUUACCUAGGAGGCACAAGGCCUGACAUUUCACAUUUCCUCAGAGCAUUCUUUUGAUGGAUUUUCAGCCUGCUCUUCUACUGGGGGUGCUAAGUACCAGGAUGUCUUUCUCAGAUGGCUGUUGAGACUCCAGAUACUCUUCCACAAUCGAGGCAAGAAAAAGGGGGAGGGAGAAGCACCAACGGCUUUCCUCUCAUGCAAGAAAGCAGAGGCCUUCCCAGAAGCCCCCCAGCAUAAUUCCCUAUGUGACCUCCAUGGGGACAGAGUCCGUAUCUGCUUUAAUUACCAGUGUAUCCCCAGAGUCUGGUGUGCAGCCUGGCACCUCACACACAUGCUUGUAUGUAUCUGAUCUCCACCACAGUGCCAGGGGGUAAGUAGGGCAUUUGUGGAGGGGGCAAAGAAAGUGACUUACCCACAUUGCAGUGCUAGCAGUGGGGGACUGGGAUUCAGGUCCCCGCCUCCUGGCUCUGAGCUGGGCCCAUCCACCAUGCCGUGCUGCCCUGGAGGUUUGGAGUUUCAAGCUUUGCCUCAGCAUCUGUCUUCACUGAAUCACACCCCUUCAGAAUUAUCCAUCCAGGUUUCAAAAAAUACAGGUUCCCAGUUCCUACAGAGACCUACUAGAUAAGUCUCUUUGGUGUAGAAUCAUGUAUUUAAAGAAUGGUGUUUGGAGACCAAUUAAAAAACAUGCUGACCCAGUAGACAUGUUAAAAAUAAAACUCUUGCUAGAAAACACAUCUCUGUGCUGCUGUUCACCUGGCAUUCUGGUAGUGAAUGGCAGACACCAAGGAGGAUGCUUCUCAGGUGCCUUAAUGUGGAAGGCAUGGUCUCCUUUGAGCAUUUUCUCAGUCCAACUUCUACCAAGAGCUGAGACCUACCAGGGUGAAGGGAGCCCCCAGGGCCUCAGCACAUCCAUGCUCUCUGCAGUCCCCUCGAGCACCUGGAGGGUUGGGCAGUGCACACAGUGGGCGCUCAUGUCCUCCACCCUUGUUAGGCACGCACAGCCUGAGUGCUGGCAGUCAUGUCUUUUCCAGAUUCCUACUCUGUGCCAGGAUCACACAUCUCCAGCACCAUGGCAGCCCUUUGAGGCUGACAUUGUUGUCCUGGUUUUACAGGUGAAGAAACUAAAGCUCGGAGAAGUCAUUCGCCCAAAGUCGGUGAGAAGCAUUGGGAUUUGGAUCCAGUGGUUGUUUUCCACUUGGGUGGAAGGAUGGAGGAUGCUCUGCUACUUGAAUGAAAGCCCUACUAAAUACACAAACCCACGAGCGGCUUAUCAGGGCCUUGCUACUCAGGGGCUCACUGUGAUGAUCAAGAGGUGAUGACGUUCUGGGACUGCAGCUAGGGCCUGACGAGAAUCAGCCUGCCUGGAUUAAGAAAGGAAAGCUCAUGGUAAGAAAGUACUUGUCAAUUUCUCAUGCUUACUGUCAAGGUAGUUGGGGUGUGUAUCCUAAUGAAUCCAUUCACGAAGGGUAAUUUGGUUUGGGGUUCAUUUAAGACCCAGGAAAGCAUACCCAUCGUCUUUCCCCAAGGGCAGCAUACCUGCUCGUCGUGCUCUUUUUCAGCUGCCAACCAGACGCAGGGAAUAGGCCACCUCCCUGACGCCGCAGCUGAUGGAAGAGCCUUGCCUGUCCCAGCAACAAGGCUGGUCUCUGUAUCUGACUGUAAUCUGUCACUCUGGGACAGGCCAGGCACUGCCCACGUUACAGAACUCUGUGCCAGCUGGGACUUGGAGGAGAUGGAGGGCUUCCCACUGGCCAGUUGUGCCGCAAAAUAAAACACCCUACUCCAGUAGGUGGGAGAUUCUGAAACACAUGUAGAGUCUAAGACCCCCAAAAAGACCCCUGAGGGAGCAUCUGGUCCAGUUCCUGCAUUUAACAGAGUAGGUGACUGAAGUCCAGAGA